CCAUCCAUCGCUCUCAUUCUCUCCUCCACUGCGGCUUUCUCUCUCCUCCCUUUCUUCAGUUUCACGGUCACUGCUGCGUGGUUUUCACCAUUUUCGUCUCUUUCUCUCUCUAACUGAACUAUCUCUCUCUCUCCCUUUCUCUCAUCGUUUCCCGGUGGAUUUGCAGAACAAAAGAAAAGCUUUACCUUUUGCUAAAGCUCAAAAGUUCAAAUGCUUCGUGGGUUUUAGCUCAGAUCCCCUUUCAUUCCGUCGCUUUCCAGUUUCAAAGGAUGACCAUUCUACUGAGGCUGCUUUCUUGUUGUUGGUGAUGACUAUUAUUGGUUCUAAAAGCAGUAUAAGCUUUGGUUUUUCAACAUAUUUGGGCGAUUCAAAAGGUUAUGUUUUCAUCUGUUGGAGAUGAUCCCUUAGGAUUUUAUAGUUGUACAUGAUUUUGGAGAAGUAGAAGUUUUAGUCUGUUUCUGUGGUUUGAGAAUAUAAAUUUGAUUUACUAUCUUGGAAGAAAAUGGAGCAAAAGGAGGAAGAGAACUGGAGGGAAUUGGUGAGGAAGAUGCUCCCACCGGGUGCUCCUAUCCCAGAGGAUUCUGCCCAUCUUGAUUAUUCCAUUGCCAUGGAAUACGAGGGUCCGCCCGUCGCCUAUGAAGUUCCUAAGGUCGAACCUGUUGAUAUUAAUUCCCGCGCAAUCCCAACUGCAGAGCGGCUAUCUGAAUCCAGAAGGUCCGCUGCUAAUCUGGGUCCGCCUGUGAUUGAGCCGAUUCCCCUUCCGGUAUCUUGUAUUGCUGGUGUAACGAGUUCUCCGGCACAGAGUGCUAGGGUGUCGGGAAGUUCAGAGUCUGUGGUGUCUGUCUUGCAAAACCCUGAUCUUUCGUCGGCUUCGCCAUCAGCUUCUCCGGGUUCAGUCCAUAAUCCUCCUCCAAGACAAGCGCCUAAUGAGGGAAGAAGAGGCCCGGUUGUUACUUUCAAUACUGUGGAUAUAUCUGAGAGGAAAGAGGCUGAUGUGGAGAAGCCGGUUUAUCCAGAGUAUGUUGGUGUUACAAAAGAGAAGAAGAAGAAGAAAAAAAGCAGAGUAUGUUACCGGUGCGGUAAAGGAAAGUGGGAAACUAAAGAGUCUUGUCUGGUUUGUGAUGCUAAGUAUUGCAGCAAUUGUGUGCUAAGGGCGAUGGGGUCGAUGCCCGAGGGACGAAAGUGCGUGACUUGCAUUGGCCAGCAAAUUGAUGAAUCAAAACGAUUGAAAUUGGGUAAACAUUCGAGGGUGUUGUCCAGAUUGCUCAGUCCUUUGGAAGUUAAACAAAUUAUGAAAGCAGAAAAAGAAUGUUCAGCAAAUCAGCUUCGGCCAGAGCAGCUGAUUGUUAAUGGAUUCCCUCUGAAGCCGGAAGAGAUGGCAGAAUUGCUUGGAUGUCCUUUACCUCCUCGUAAGUUGAAGCCUGGUAGAUAUUGGUAUGAUAAAGAGUCUGGUCUUUGGGGAAAGGAGGGAGAAAAACCAGAUAGAAUCAUAAGUUCAAACUUAAAUUUCACUGGAAAACUCAGCCAUGAUGCGAGCAAUGGGAAUACCGAAGUUUAUAUCAAUGGCCGAGAAAUUACUAGACUUGAAUUGAGGAUCCUAAGGCUGGCAAAUGUGCAAUGCCCGCGUGACACUCAUUUUUGGGUCUAUGAUGAUGGUCGUUACGAGGAAGAAGGCCAGAAUAAUAUCAGGGGAAAUAUCUGGGAGAAGGCAACUACAAGGUUUGUUUGUAGCCUGUUCUCUUUGCCUGUGCUUCAUGGUCAACCACAUGUAUCAAGAGAUGAGGCUAGCAAUUAUACUACUGUUCCGAACUAUCUGGAGCAGAAGAAGGUUCAAAAGCUUCUUCUUCUUGGACUUCAAGGCUCUGGAACCAGCACUAUCUUCAAGCAGGCUAAAUUUUUGUAUGGUAACAAGUUCACUCCAGAAGAACUGCAAGAUAUCAAGCUAAUGAUUCAAAGCAACAUGUACAAAUAUCUGAGCAUUUUGCUUGAUGGAAGGGAACGCUUUGAGGAGGAAGCUCUUUCUAGGAUGAAAGAACUUGAAUCCCAUGACCAAAUUGCUGAACUAGGUGGAGAGGCUGAGAGCAAUGGAACCACCGAAUGCAUCUACUCCAUCAACCCGAGGUUGAAGCAUUUCUCUGAUUGGUUGCUGGACAUUAUAGCCACUGGGGAUUUGGAUGCAUUUUUCCCUGCAGCAACACGUGAGUAUGCUCCAUUAGUUGAAGAGGUGUGGAAGGAUCCUGCUAUCCAGGAAACGUAUAAAAGACACGAUGAGCUUCACUUCCUCCCUGAUGUUGCCGAAUACUUCUUGAGCAGGGCUGUUGAGAUCUCAAGCAAUGAAUAUGAACCUUUGGAGAGAGACAUACUGUAUGCAGAAGGGGUCACUCAAGGAAAUGGUUUAGCUUUUAUUGAAUUCUCCCUUGAUGAUCGAAGUCCCAUGUCCGAAACCUACACAGACAAUCUGGAAGUUCCUCCUCCUCCUCUAACCAAAUACCAACUUAUAAGGGUAAAUGCGAGGGGGCUGAACGAAGGGUGUAAAUGGGUGGAAAUGUUUGAAGAUGUACGCGCGGUUGUCUUUUGUGUUGCUCUUAGUGACUACGAUCAGUUUUCGCUCGCACCAGAGAGUAAUGGCAGUGGAACACUACUACAAAACAAGAUGAUGCAAAGUAAGGAGCUCUUCGAAACCAUGGUCAGGCACCCAUGCUUCAAAGAUACCCCAUUUGUGUUGAUACUUAACAAAUACGAUCUGCUUGAAGAAAAGCUCAACCGGGUGCCUUUAAGUUCUUGUGAAUGGUUCAACGAUUUUAGUCCUGUGCGGCCGCACCACAACAGCCAGACGCUUGCCCAUCAGGCUUACUUCUAUGUUGCGAUGAAGUUUAAAGACCUUUAUGCUUCCCUCACGGAGCGCAAGCUUUUCGUAUGGCAAGCUCGGGCUAGGGAACGAGUAACCAUCGACGAGGCGUUUAAGUAUAUAAGGGAAGUCCUCAAGUGGGAUGAGGAGAAGGAGGAUAACUACUAUGGUGGAGCAGAGGAUUCCUUUUACAGUACAGACAUGAGCUCCUCACCGUUUGUAAGGCAAGAAUAAUAUGUUGUAUUAAAGAUCUAUGUUUUCUUUUUUUCUUUUUUUUAGACGAAAUGAGAGAAGAGGGUGAAAUGUAACAUGCUUAAAGGUCCUCUCCCCAUUAAAAUAAUUGUGUAAUUUAUUUGAUUUUAAAACAUCAAUCAUCAUGAUAUUGAUGGGGCUUUCCGAAGUUUACACGGUGUGAGCACACGAGUUUCUCUACUGUUAAAGGUCCUCUCAGUAUGUUCAACGUUUUGUUUACUCCCUGGGUUUCAUAGGCCAUUUAAAGGGCACCAACAAAGUUACAAACAAUGUAAAAUACUACACCUUUUAAUAUUUUUUU